CGUUCACAGCCUUAAGAUAAAUGUGGAACUUCCCUCAAAGGAUGAACUUUUAUAGUGAUGUUCCCAGCUUUAUUGAUUAACAUUCGUGCAUAUCACCCUGCACACAUUUCCAGUACAGAAGGAACUAAAUUUACAUCAGCAAAUAUUUACUUGAACAUUGCACUUUGAUUGGUUUGUUAACCUUGGUCUGCCCACACUAGGCACUUUAUUGUUGCUCGCAACGUGGUCCCUGCUCGAAAGCAGCACAGCACCGGCAGUUGUUGGCUCGUGGAAACUUUAGAUUUUGUGACUGCUGCUGGAGGAAAUACAAGGGCGACAACCACUCCUCUCUGCCACACUGACAGUGCGAGCUGCAUGAAUCCCUGCACCACGUCAAGAAACGCUGCGGACUCUCGCAGCGGACGAUCCCAGACAAGCAAUGUGAAGUCAUCUCCAGCACGAACUGUGGAUCUGAGCGAAGAUGACAAGGAUCAGGCACCAGUUACUAUGAAUCCUCUUCACAUGACGAAAGCCUUUAAAGUCAUGAAUGAGCUACGAAGUAAAAGCACUUUGUGUGAUGUGACCAUUGUUGCUGAGGAUGUUGAAAUUGAAGCACAUCGUAUUGUCCUGGCAGCCUGCAGCCCUUAUUUCUGUGCCAUGUUUACAGGUGACAUGACUGAAAGUAAAGCAAAGAAAGUUGAGAUAAAGGACAUAGAUGGGCAUACACUCAGUAAACUAAUUGAUUAUAUAUAUACAGCUGAAGUGGAAGUCACUGAAGAGAAUGUACAGGUAUUGUUGCCUGCAGCUAGUCUGUUACAACUAAUGGAUGUAAGGACAGCUUGUUGUGAUUUCCUACAAUCCCAGUUGCAUCCAACCAAUUGUUUAGGAAUUCGUGCAUUUGCAGAUGUUCACACAUGCACAGAUCUGCUGAACGAAGCUAACGCAUAUGCAGAACAGCAUUUUCCUGAUGUUAUGUUGGGUGAAGAAUUUCUUACUCUGAGUUUGGAUCAAGUGUGCAGUUUGAUAUCAAGUGACAAACUCACAGUUGCCUCAGAAGAAAAGGUCUUUGAAGCAGUGAUCUCUUGGAUAAAGUAUGACAAAGAAGCUCGACUGGAGCACAUGGCAAAAUUAAUGGAAAAUGUACGACUUCCUCUGCUUCCACGGGACUAUCUUGUACAGACAGUAGAAGAAGAGGCUUUGAUAAAGAAUAAUAAUACUUGCAAAGAUUUCCUAAUAGAAGCCAUGAAAUACCAUUUGCUUCCUCUUGAUCAACGAGCAGCAAUAAAGACUGUACGCACAAGACCAAGGACCCCAAUCUGCCUACCCAAGGUUAUGAUUGUAGUUGGUGGUCAGGCACCCAAAGCUAUACGAAGUGUGGAGUGCUACGAUUUCAAAGAAGAUCGUUGGAAUCAAGUAGCAGAGCUGCCUUCCAGAAGAUGUAGAGCAGGUGUUGUGUUCAUGAGUGGUCGUGUUUAUGCUGUAGGAGGAUUUAAUGGGUCUUUGAGAGUUCGGACAGUGGAUGUCUAUGAUGCAGUAAAAGAUCAGUGGACGUCCAUUGCCAGCAUGCAGGAGAGGCGUAGUACUCUUGGAGCAGCUGUGUUAAAUGAUCUCCUCUAUGCUGUUGGUGGAUUUGAUGGAAGUACAGGGUUAUCAUCAGUGGAGGCUUAUAACUACAAAAUAAAUGAAUGGUUUUUUGUGGCACCCAUGAACACAAGACGAAGUAGUGUUGGGGUUGGAGUUGUGGAAGGCAGAUUGUAUGCAGUAGGAGGUUAUGAUGGAGCAUCACGCCAGUGUCUUAGUACUGUUGAAGCAUAUAAUCCAGUCAGCAAUGAAUGGACGUACGUUUCAGAUAUGAGUACACGUCGCAGUGGUGCAGGGGUUGGUGUGCUAAAUGGUCAGUUAUAUGCAACAGGAGGUCAUGAUGGACCUUUGGUGAGGAAAAGUGUAGAAGUGUAUGAUCCAUCCACAAACACUUGGAGGCAAGUGGCAGACAUGAAUAUGUGUCGGAGGAAUGCAGGUGUAUGUGCUGUAAAUGGAUUUUUGUAUGUCAUUGGAGGGGACGAUGGUUCUUGUAAUUUAGCAUCUGUGGAAUUUUAUAACUCUGUUACAGACAAAUGGACACUACUACCAACCAAUAUGAGCACUGGAAGAAGUUAUGCAGGUGUUGCUGUAAUUGAUAAGCCUCUAUGACUUUACCCUUGAGCAACAGUUGGAUUGAACUUAGUGAAAACUGCUAGCAUUCUGCCCUAGUAUUUUUUUAACUAUUUAUAAUACUUGGAUACAUAGUGUAUAGCGCCAGUCACCCUGUCAAAAAGAUAUCAGCUCUGCCAUAUGCAUAAAAAAAAAAUCAAGGUCUAAUUGAAGUGUGUUUUAAGCUAAGGGAACAUGUUACUUCCACUAUUAUCAUCUCAAAUGAAACAAAAAAAGUGUAAGUUAACUGGCCUGAUUUAUCAGAUAGCUUUUGCUGGAUGAUCUUUGGGUGAUGUCCAGUGUUGAUGAGUGUCAGUCUUGAACAAAGCUCUAUUGACCAGACAAUGUGAAGCUUCUACUGUUACAUGCCAGUUGCUGGAGAUCAAGCUGCUGCCUUUUAAAACACUAUUUUUUGGAUCUGAAAUAAACAGUCCUGCAAACACUGCUAAAAUAGCAGCUAUUUAUAAAAGGGAGAAAAAAAAUCCAACAUUCUGUUCAUGAGUGAAGAGAAAGAUACUUAUAAUAGUGGUUAGUUUAUGUUGAGAGAGAGCUCCUACUGAUAAUAAGCAAUCACACUCUUAGAUUUAGAAUUGGGUUCCCCUAUUAUAAUAAAUGAGUAAAUGCAGGAUGUGAAAUUUCUGAUGAAAGUAAUCCUAAUGUUAGGUGGAAAUCUUUUUUUACACCCAUCAAACUCUUGCAUGAGUGUGGUUGUAAAGUAAGUGUUUGGAAACUGGAAUCACUUUUGCACAGAUGCCAUGCCUCAUAGUACAGAGUCCAAACCAAAGCUAACUUGAAUUUCAGCACCCCCUAAUUGUUAAGGGUAAUGAUAUUCAGUAAUUAACAAUUUAGAAAUACUUUGGAGUUUUGGAACAUCCUCUCUUCCUCGGUAGUGUAGAGAGUCUAAAGCAAAUGGGCUGAAUCAUCUUCAGUUGAUCUGGGGGGAUGUGGGUGGAUUAUUGUUACAGAGGGACAAUAAUAAAUGUAAAAGGAAACAGUUUUAAAGCUAUCCUGUGGUAGGAUUAUUAAAAGUAAACAUAUCUUUAACCUCAUUUCCAUUGCAUUUCCAAGUUUGUAGAUACUAAUGGCUAUUUUUUAGUAGAUAGUGCCACCUAGGGAAAAUUUUGCAGAAUACUAUUUUUAAAAGAGAAGAUUAAUUAUAAUAUUUUAUUAUGAAAUAUAUUCAACUUCCCUCUGGCACCAAGUUAUUGUUUUUUAAUAUAUCUGUUAAUAGUUAGUGCAGAAUUGAAAGGGUCUGAGUCUGCACUUGCAUUCCUGCUCUUAAUAAUUUUGUUGCCUGAGCAAUACUUUUUAUUAAAACUGUAUAUAUGGUGAAUAGAUACUAUUAAGCAGAUAUGGCCCCAACAGUUCUGGAAAAACAAAUCUUUGUAUAAUGAAUCAUUGAUUUUUACCAUGAUUUCUUUUUUGUUGCUUCAUUAAUACUUUCCAUGUUUUGUAUUUGUCAUGUAAA